GAUAAUUGAAGCAGUUCACUUGUGUAGGACGAUUCUUUGUCGUAAAUACGAGUGACCCUUUUGUAUAAUGUCGGUGUUUGACCCCUUCAGAAUGGUGAAGAGGGGAGAUUGGCGGGCUCAGCCCCCUGAGUUUACAGAGAAGAUGCCCCAUCCUAUAGAACUGCUGAGGUAUGUGAUGAACACGGGAACCCCUAAAUGCAACGGUGACCAGGAGUGCAUUCCGAUGAUACAAAAGAUUCAGCAGCAACAUUUGGAGAUGGGGUUUGGAGACAUCCGGUAUAACUUCAUGCUGGGUGAUGACGGAACUAUUUACGAGGGGAGAGGAUGGAAAUGUAAACCUCCCGUAGAUCCAGCGUACGCCGACAAAGAUGGGAAGUUCGUAGAGAUUGCGUUCAUAGGCGAUUAUAGAAGAGAUAUAGUAAGUGCAAAGUGGCUACAAGGACCAAUGUACAACGCCCAGUGGGAGCUGUUGUAUUACGCCGAUUCCAAGAACUACCUGCAUAAGGACUACGACUACAUAAUGGAGGAUGACCGAGAACCUAGACCAAGGCCCAUCCAACAACCUGGCAGUAGGAAAAAAGCGCAAAAGCAACAGAAAACAAUAAAUGCGAAAGAAAAUGUAACACUAUAAGAAACUAGUGUAGUUUUUUUAUUGUAUGUUUCACUUACUGAUAUACAGUUUACAAC